AUGAAGAAACUCACCGGCCCAUUGGACGACAGCGAAGCCUUGGCAAUCCUGUCCGAGUACAUCCAAGGCUGUGGUGGAGAGCUAGAGGCGGGUUGGCAGGCCACAGCAGACUUCUCCUUGUCUGAAGGGCGGUCAGUGCGUGUGCUCAUCCGCAGCGUGCCCCCACAGGAUUUUGAGCCGGCCGAUGGCACGCAGCGGCAGCGGUGCUUCAUGACUCUCGGUGCAGUGGCAAAAGCAAUGGGCCUGGUGUCUUCCCGUCGGCUUGCCAGGAAGCUCACCGAGCCAGGCUGCAACGGCAUGCAGUCAACAGAUGUCCUCUAUGCCAAAAUUGUGACUCGAAAGAAAGGAAAGAGCAAGAGCAGGAGAGAUUUCCAGCCGCAUGCGGAGGCACCAAAGCAGCCACGUGUGCAGGACCCCUCCGAGAAAACCACAGAUGUCGCCUCAGAAAGGCUGCUGGAGACAGAUUUCGAGGAGAAAGAGGAUCUGCGACUGCGCAACAGGGUGCUGACUGCGCGGCUGAGUCAGCGGGACGAGGAGAUGCACGUGAUGACUCGGACGAUUAGUCAGCUGCUCGCAGACAUCAGGGCGCUGAGAUCAGCGAGCCAGAUGUGA